AUGGGAGCUGCAGGGAUUAGAAUUCAUGACAUGAUGGAUUCCUUCAUCAGCAAGCAUGUAUGGUAUGGUGGCGUUGGUUUUACCAGGCGUGAAAUAUACAACCUUUGCGCCAGGGAGAAGAGGAAGCUGCUUUCAAAAGGUGAUGCUGCCACAGUCAUAGGCAUCAUGGUCAGUAGGAAACAGAGGGAUCCUAGCUUCUUUUUCGAGUACAAGCUAGACAAGGAAGGACAUAUGAAUAGGAUGUUCUGGUGUGACUCCCAGUCUCGUCAUGACUAUGAGGACUUCGGCGACGUGCUUGUAUUUGACAACACGUACAAGAUGAACCGGUAUGGUAUGCCAUUCAUACCCUUUGUUGGUCUUAACAAUCACCGGAAGACCACUGUUUUUGCUUGUGCCAUAGUUUCAGACGAGACCAAAGAGACAUAUGUGUGGCUGCUGGAGACUUUUUUGAGGUCCAUGUGUCAAAAGAUGCCGAGGAGUGUUAUCACGGACGCCGACGCUGCGAUGAUCAAGGCAAUUCGCCAAGUCUUGCCAGACGUGUAG